GCUCCCGACCUCGGCCCGGCCCCGCCAUGGCCCGCCGCACCCGCGGUGAGGACCAAGAUGAGCUGCGUUACCAGGAUACCGAAUUGGAUGUGCCAGAGCAGCGGGAUGGCAGGUGCAAAGUCAAGUGGACCCAAGAAGAGGAUGAGCAGCUGAAGAUGUUAGUAAGCCACUAUGGGCAGAAUGACUGGAAAUUCCUGGCCAGUCACUUUCCUAACCGCAGUGAUCAGCAGUGUCAGUACAGGUGGCUGAGAGUGUUGAAUCCAGACCUGGUUAAGGGCCCUUGGACCAAAGAAGAGGACCAAAAGGUAAUUGAACUGGUUAAAAAAUAUGGCACCAAACAGUGGACCCUGAUAGCCAAGCACCUGAAAGGGCGGUUAGGGAAGCAGUGCCGGGAACGCUGGCAUAACCACCUGAACCCUGAGGUGAAGAAGUCGUCCUGGACAGAGGAGGAGGAUCGUAUAAUUUUUGAGGCCCACAAGGUCCUGGGGAAUCGCUGGGCGGAGAUUGCCAAGCUGCUGCCUGGGAGGACCGACAAUGCUGUGAAGAAUCACUGGAACUCCACCAUCAAGCGGAAGGUGGACACGGGAGGCUUUCUCAAUGAAACUAAGGAGUCCAAGUCACUGUACUUGCUUGUGGAGGUGGAUAACAAGGAGAGACAAAGUCAAACGACAACUGAGAGCCAGAAUGUCCUGCCGAACUGGCCAGUGGAUAUCUCUGAGAUAAAAGAAGAAGAUGUCAGUGAUGAGGAGGUGACGGGUGUACAGGAGUUGCCCUCGGAGCUGCCAGUGGCAGAACUGGCAGAGCAGAACAUGGAGGGAACUCCAGAAGAGGCAACCACUUCGUUCGUCGAAUCACCCUACAAAUGGGUUGUUGAAGCUGCCAACUAUUUGUACCCAAGUUGUGUGCCAGCCUUCAAUGAAGCUCUGGACAUGAUUGAAUCUGACCCAGACGGUGGGUGGUGUGACCUGACUCAGUUUGACCUGCCUGAGGAACCUUCUGCCGGUGGCAGCAGCAGCAACAACAGUCCCAUGAGGCCAACGCUGAGUGAGGCCGCGCCGUCCCUGCCCAGCAUGACCGAGUACCGCCUGGAUGGCCACACCAUCUCCGACCUGAGCAGGAGCAGCAAGGGAGAGCUCAUCCCCAUCUCCCCUCAUGCUGAGGGGAGCUUUGGCACUCCACCCUCAGUGCUGAUGAGGCAGAAGAAGAGGAAGAUCUCCCUCUCCCCUGUCACGGAGAACGUCACCAGCACCAGUCUGUCCUUCCUUGACUCCUGCAACAGCAUGACCCCCAAGGGCACCCCUGUAAAGACACUGCCCUUCUCUCCAUCUCAGUUCUUAAACUUUUGGACCAAACAGGAUACACUAGAACUGGAGAACCCAUCCCUGACCUCCACACCUGUGUGCAGCCAGAAAGUGAUUGUCACCACCCCACUGCACAGGGACAAGACCCCUCUGCCCCAGAAGAACUUAGCGUUUGUCACACCAGAUCAGACGUACGUGGUGGACAACACGCCUCAUACUCCCACGCCUUUCAAAAAUGCCCUGGAGAAAUAUGGACCAAUUAGACCUCUGCCCCAGACUCCUCACCUGGAAGAAGACUUGAAAGAGGUACUCCGAAGUGAAGCUGGCAUCGAACUCAUCAUAGAGGAUGAGGUGAAGCCUGAGAAACAGAAAAGGAAACAGGGGUUGCGCAGGAGUCCCAUCAGGAAGGUCCGGAAGUCUCUAGCCUUGGAUAUUGUGGAUGAAGAUAUGACACAAAAUCUGCCUGCCCUCCCCAAGACUGUGUGUUUCAAAAGAGCCCAGCCUGUGAAUUUCCUGUCAAGGUCCCUGAACCUUUCCUCCUCGAGCAGGAAGAACGACAGUCAUUUGCUCAACAGAGCUUUCAUGCAAGUGCAGCCAGAGAAAAUGUCCUACAGGAAAAUGCCAAGCCAUUUCAGGCCACCAGCACCAAUGACCAGGGCUUGGAAAGCAGUGGCCUGCGGUGGAACCCAAGACCAACUCUUCAUGCAGGAGAAAGCUCGACAGUUUUUGGGCACGUUGAAACAGAGUCACACAUCAAGGACCUUAAUCUUAUCAUGAAGGAUUGUUCUGCUUCUUGAUUUUAUUUUUUAAAACUUUAAAUAAGUGGAGGGGGAACUGCGGGAAAAAAUAUCCUCUGCCAGACCUUAGUGUGUGGGAGUGGAUUUUUCUUUUCCUUCUGUUUCCAGGUAGAUUAAUAUUGUAACAAACUGGGCUAACUGCUGGCUA